AUGACUCAAUGCUUAUCACAAACAGGCAUCCCUGCUGGAAUUCCAUCGUUUGGUUCACCGCCAACAGGAGAUGGCGCUUUUACAAAUUCCCCAAAAUCAACGAAUCCUGAAGACUCACCAUUUCCACUCUUAGAACCCGACAAAAAUUCAAAGCAAUCUACGCCAGAUAAUUCAAUAGCAAUUCCAUCAGCAGUUCCAUCAGCAACAGUUAGCCCAAAGGCGACCAAGCCACCCGGCAGCGAGAGUAAUUCGCCAUCUUCAGGAAAACCUAACACAUCUGCGUCUCCACAAUCUACAUCCUCACCAUCUAAUAAAACUAAAGCUGAGAGUUUAAAAAAAGUUGUUUGGCAGGAGAAAGAAAAGGCAUGUAUUGAAGUCAGUGGACCAUCAAAUAAAACGAUAAUACGACCCGAAACUGUCCAACGAAUAUCAUGGAAUCAAUCUCCGUGUCAAAUGGAAGCUCGUAUAGUUGGUGACUUUGCUAUUUUAUUAUACGAUAGUGUAAAACUUGUACCUGACGCAAAGAAACGAGAUUAUUCUCCAAAUGGAAAGUUAACGUACGAUUGGGGUCCUAUGGCGAAAGUACCAUACUUAAAUAAUCCAAGGAUUACAAACGCAUCAGAUUUUUACAUUCGAGUAGAAACGAUCUCUAGAUCCGGUAUUUUUGGAUCUAGUGUACCUCUGGGAGGAAUUUAUGGUCCAUUCACAAUGGAAUUAAAAGAUCCUCCGGAAGGUCAAAAUGUCACACAAAAAGAAGUUUCUUUAGCGUCUAAAUUAUGGUUUCAUGAAAUCGAAAAAAUUG